AUGCCCAAACUUGACAGAAAUAUGUUCUGUAAUAGGAAGCAAUCGCCUAGUAUAAUAUUACAGGGAAUUGUUGAUGCCAAUUUAAUGUUCAUUGAUAUAUUUGCUGGUUGGCCUGGUCGUUCUCACGAUGCACGAGUAUACCGUUGUAGUAAAAUUGGCCAAAAAAUAAUUAACAAUCCUGAAUCUGUUUUGCCACCAUCAUGCCAUAUUAUUGGAGAUGGUGCAUAUCCAUUAACAGAAGGCUUGAUGAUACCCUUUAAGGAUAAUGGACGUUUGACAAGGGAACAAAAUAUAUUUAAUAAAAAAUUAAGUAGUAGUCGGAUAUUGAUAGAACAAGCAUUUGGGAAAUUAAUAGGAAGAUUCAGGAAAUUAAAGUAUGUAUACAUGUGUAAUACACAGAGACCCAUCUUAAA